AUGGAAUAUAGUGGGGAAAAGCCUACUCAUCAUGAAGCGGAGGGAAUUUUGGCUAAGGAGUUUACGCUCGACAUUCCUCGAAUUCCAAGCGUUGAACUUCCAUUAGAUGUCAGACCAACUUCUGAAAGCGUUGGUCGAGCGAUCAAGAUGUGUGGUGGUAUAAGGGCAAUCAAAAAUGCAUUGGUAACACACCGGGAUAGACAGGAUGGUCUGGAGUUGUAUCUAAACCACGGCAAGAAAGAAGACGGAACAGAUAUAUAUUUCAAUGAGCAUCCGAUUAUCGGGAGGCAGGUGCCACAACGGGACGAAUCGAUUAUUUUGAAGAUCUCUCUACCGAAAGGUACGCUGGCUGCCAAUAAUGGUGACUUGAAGAAGGCGUUGGCUAAUGUAUCGUCAAAGAAAUAUAAGGUUGUGCCCGUUGGUGUCAUUAAUCAUACUAUUAGGUUUAGAGAAAUGUCGGAUUUCCAAAUGCGCUUAGACAACAGUUCUUCUGCUCAAGAGUUUAGCAGCAGUUUCGGCUCACUUGACUGGCCUAAUUUCAAAAAAUAUGUGGAGAGCAUUCCGGAUCAGGAUCCAAGACCGACAGAAAACAUCAAUUCUCUGAUUUUCCAACGAAACCCGAGUGCUCCAGCCACGGAUUUCCAGUUUGUUCCGCCUCCUCGGUUUUCAAUGGUGAAAAUACCGUUUCUGUACAGGUAUGAGGGAAACCCAUAUGCUACAAAGGCUUCAAACGGGAAAGCCAUGGUUAAGGGUACAUAUCUCAAGAAUCAUCAGCAGUUAGUGUACACUUUUGGGCCAGAGACACGCAUACCCUCGGAGCCACAUGCUAUGCUUAAAAAGGCUUUUGAAACUGCAAAAGAAACCGGCGUCUACCCGGGUAGCAGCGCUGAGUCUGGAUUUCUAGUCAAAUUGGAAAACUGCAUCGCAAUACUUGAAGACCUAUUUUCCAAGCGGCCCAUAUGGGUGAAGCGACACAUUGAUGGUAUUAUACCCAUGGAGUCACAGCCUGCUUUAAAGAUCGCUUUGUCACUUACGUCUUACAGGUUCACUAAAGGCCCGUGGAGAAAUACCUACAUCAAGCUAGGGCUAGAUCCUAGAUCGUCUUCGGAGUUUGCGAGAUAUCAGACGGAGUAUUUCAAAAUUGAGAGCAAGUUAUUAAAGUCUCCUGGCAUUGCUAAAAAUAUUCCGAGCCCUCCGCCAAGAUUUUAUCAGUCUAACACCCCUGGCGAAAUUGAUACUAGGUUUGUGUUUGACGGGAAGCAAAUUCCAUGGUAUCUUAUGCUGCAGAUUGACUUGCUAAUUUCUGAACCUAAUAUUGCAGAGAUAUACUCAAGCAUAACCUACCUAGAUGAACCGACGGAGCUGACAGGCUGGCUUCACGAGUUGGAUCUGGUGAAAUUCAGACGUAUUGUGAAAUAUGAGCUGGGAUGUAUGGUUCAAGGAAAUUUUGAGUUCAGCGAGUACAAACUCAAGUUCUUCAAGUCUAUGCUGUAUCCGAAGGAGUCUAUGAUUAGUCAAGGCGCCACAUCGCACGAUGCAGAGGGUGACAUUGACAUGGACACAUCCCAGGAACUUAGAGACCCUACUGUACUAUCAAACUCCAAUAACGGCGAUAGCGAUGAAGAGGACGAGGAUAACGGCGUACAAACCGGAGACAUCGAUGAUAUAGCUUUGGCUCAAGAAGGAGAAGAAGCUGAGCAGGAUGAAGAUGAGCAAGAAGAAGAAGAAGAAGCCAAUUUUGGAGCAUCUCAAUCAGAUGACGCCUUUACGCUACGAGAAGACGAGAACGACACCUCAAAUUUCAAAAUUUCGUCUAGUCAAAUUUCCUCCGGUAACGAAGCCUUUGACAUUAAAGCUGCGUCUUUUCUAGAAAUUAUCGAAAGAAUUGCCCAAAAGGAUCCUGAGACAGCCCAAAUGCUAAGACAGAACCUCGAUUCCCUCUCAUAUGAUCCUUUUUAA